CCCUCUCUUCUCCCCGUCCGCCGCCAGAGGGGGACGCCUGCGCCGCCUCCACCAGCAACCUGCCGCUACCGGAGAGGGCGCGACCUCUCCCGCCGCCGAAUCGGUGCCUCCUCCUCCACCCGCCUCACAAGGAAUAGUUAGCUGAACUUUGUAUCGACAAGAUGGUGCAGUACAAUUUCAAGAAGAUCACUGUUGUCCCUCCUGGGAAGGACUUCAUCGACAUUAUCCUGUCACGCACUCAGAGACAGACACCGACUGUUGUCCACAAGGGUUAUGCUAUCUCCCGCAUUCGCCAGUUUUAUAUGCGCAAGGUUAGGUAUUCCCAGCAGAACUUCUAUGAAAAGCUGUCUACCAUCAUCGAUGAGUUCCCUCGACUGGAUGACAUCCACCCUUUCUAUGGUGAUCUCCUCCAUGUGCUCUACAACAAGGAUCACUACAAACUUGCCUUGGGUCAGAUCAACACAGCUAGGAACAUCAUUGCAAAGAUAUCCAAGGACUACUUGAGGCUGCUCAAGUAUGGAGACUCCCUGUACCGGUGCAAGUGUCUGAAGGUGGCUGCACUAGGUCGCAUGUGCACUGUUGUGAAGAGGAUCAGUCCUAGUUUGGCAUACUUGGAGCAGAUCAGGCAGCACAUGGCCAGGCUUCCAUCCAUUGACCCAAACACCCGUACCGUGCUGAUUUGUGGCUAUCCAAACGUGGGGAAGAGUUCUUUCAUGAACAAGGUUACAAGGGCAGAUGUGGACGUCCAGCCUUAUGCCUUCACAACAAAAUCCCUGUUUGUUGGUCAUACAGAUUACAAGUACCUGCGCUACCAAGUUAUUGACACACCUGGUAUCCUUGAUAGGCCUUUUGAGGAUAGGAACAUCAUAGAAAUGUGCAGCAUCACUGCUCUGGCACACUUGAGGGCUGCUGUGCUGUUCUUUCUGGACAUUUCUGGGUCUUGUGGGUACAGCAUCGCUCAGCAAGCCGCACUCUUCCACAGUAUAAAGUCUCUUUUCAUGAAUAAACCUCUGGUCAUUGUGUGCAACAAGACUGACUUGCAGCCCCUUGAAGGCCUUUCUGAGGAUGACAUGAAGCUUGUAAUGGAGAUGAAGGCAGAGGCUAUGAAGACUAUAACCCAGGCUGGUGACCCAAAUGAAGAGGGUGUUUUGUUGACUAUGAGCACAUUAACAGAUGAUGGUGUUAUGGCUGUUAAAAAUGCUGCAUGCGAGAGGCUUCUUGAACAGAGGGUGGAUGUGAAGAUGAAAUCAAAGAAGAUGGUUGACUGCCUGAAUAGGUUCCAUGUUGCUGUUCCAAAGCCUCGCGACAACAAAGAGAGGCCUGUUUGCAUCCCUCCGGCUGUUCUGGAAGCUAGAGCGAAUGAUGCUGCGAAGCAAAAGAAGCAGCUCGAGAAGGACCUUGAGCAGGAGAAUGGAGGUGCUGGUGUCUAUUCUGCCAGCCUCAAGAAGCAUUAUAUGUUGGCCAAUGAUGAAUGGAAGGAGGACAUUCUCCCUGAGAUAUUGGAUGGGCAUAAUGUUGCUGAUUUCCUGGAUCCAGAUAUCCUGGAAAGGUGUGAAGAGUUGGAACGAGAGGAGGGGCUUCGUCUGGAAGAGCAAGCUGCACAAGAUGCUUUUGAGAUUGAUGGCCAUGAAUUAACUGAUGAACAGAAGGAGAUUUUGUCUCAGAUCAGGAAGAAGAAGGCACUACUCAUCCAAGAGCAUAGAAUGAAGAAGAGAACUGCAGAAAGCCGUCCUAUUGUUCCUAGGAAGUUUGACAAAGAUAGGAAAUUCACAACUAACAGGAUGGGAAGGCAGCUUUCCUCCAUGGGUGUGGAUCCUAGUGCAGCCAUAGCUCGCAGCCAGUCCAGAGGCCGCAAGCGUGAGAGGUCACUGAGCAGAGCUGCUGCUAAUGCUGAUGCCAUGGAGGUUGACGGACAGCAAUCUAACAAGAAACUGAGACUGGGGUCAAGAUCUAGGUCGAGGUCACGGGCCCCUGAGGAGGUUGUUCCUGGUGAAGGAUUCAAGGACUCUGAGCAGAAGAAGAAGGCAAUCAAGAAAGCCAAGGAUGCCACGAAGAAGAGGAACAAGGAUGCUCGCCGUGGAGAGGCCGACCGCGUCAUUCCCACUUUGAAACCAAAGCAUCUUUUCUCUGGGAAACGGACUCUUGGGAAGACAAGCAGGCGAUAAGCGCAGCACGUUACUGGAUCUGUGCUGCAGGAAAUACAGGACUCCUGGAAUUAUGGUGCUGGCAAUCGGGCAAAGGGAGCUCAAGUGUCCUACUGGCUCCGAUGAUACUGCUAUUUAUCUUGCUGUCUCGUGGCCCUCUUGAGACAUAGUUUUGCUAGAUACUACUUUUAUUAGUGAAUUUGAUGUGUUACUAUUACUAUUUGCCGUGUGGCAUUAAUUCUGUUGGGUCGUACGAAGUCGGUUUCAACCAAAUUGUUGCCGUCGGAUUCCUGUCUGGUUUAUUUGGCGUUUCAAACACAACGGUGAAUUUUUGGA